CGGCAACGAGAACGGGGCCGGAGUCGAGCCCUGCUCGGCAGCGGCGGCGGUGCCACGGCCCGGCGGGCCGGGGCAGCAUCCCCAUGGCCCUCUUCACAAGAACCAGCAGUCAUUUUAACACCACUGAAUCCAUUCCCUGUGGGGCAGACAACUCUACAGAGCCAGACCUGCCACACUCACAUGCUUACUAUGCCCUCUGCUACUGCAUCUUGAUUUUGGCCAUCAUCUUUGGGAAUGUGCUGGUCUGCUUGGCCGUGUUGAGGGAACGUACCUUGCAAACCACAACAAACUACCUUGUUGUGAGCCUGGCGGUGGCAGACUUGCUGGUGGCUACUUUGGUGAUGCCUUGGGGGGUGUACCUGGAGGUGACUGGAGGAGUCUGGACUUUCAGCCGCAUCUGUUGCGAUAUCUUCGUCACCAUGGACGUGAUGAUGUGUACAGCCAGCAUUUUAAACCUCUGUGCUAUCAGCAUUGACAGAUAUACUGCAGUGGUGAAACCAGUUCAGUACCAGUACAGCACUGGGCAGAGCUCCUGCAGGAGAGUCUCCCUCAUGAUCGUGGUAGUCUGGAUGCUGGCGUUCGCCGUGUCAUGUCCUCUGCUCUUUGGCUUCAAUACUACAGGGGAUCCCAGUGUCUGUUCCAUAUCCAACCCUAGUUUCAUCAUCUACUCCUCUUUGGUGUCCUUCUACCUCCCCUUCAUGGUGACCCUGAUGCUCUAUGUCCGGAUUUACCUCGUGCUAAGACAAAGACAAAAGAAGCGAACGCUCACCCGGCAGGGCAGCCACAGCGCCAGCACCAAACCGCGUUAUGCACACCAAGAAAACAUGGAGAGAAAAGCUUUGCCAAACAGAUGCCAAGGCACCUUUUCCCCCUGUCUGCCACUCAAAUGCUCUGGCCAGAUGUCUACCAAAAGGAAGCUGCUGACUGUCUUCAAACUGCAGCGAUACUGCAGCUUCUGCCACAAGGCAUCUCUUACCAAGACACCAGGGACUACACAACACAGCAGGCUGGGAGAGACAAGAAAGACUACAAAGCCAGGACUAGAGGUACGGAGACUCAGCAAUGGCAAAACCAUCAGCUCUUUGAAGCUAUCGCAGCAGCAGCCCCGCCUGAUCCAGCUUCGGGAGAGGAAGGCUACACAGAUGCUAGCUAUUGUCCUAGGGACAUUCAUAGUCUGCUGGCUGCCUUUCUUCUUGAUUCACAUCCUCAACGCCCACUGCCCCUCCUGCCACGUGCCCCCGGGGCUUUACAGUGCCAGCACCUGGCUCGGCUACGUGAACAGUGCCCUCAACCCCAUCAUCUACACAACCUUCAACACCGACUUCCGCAAAGCCUUCCUCAAGAUCCUCUGCUGCUGACUGCGGGGCUGGCACCAGCCUUGCCCGAGUUUGCCACAGACUCCUCAGCUGAGGGAUGAGGUGUGGGGCCCUUCCCUCCCUCUGUUCCACACGCUAUGAGGAGGGAUGAGCUGCCAGUGGUUACGGUCACUGGGACGUGGUCACUGCCGGCUGCCAGGCGUCCUUUGCACCAGAGUGAAGAGCAGGGCCACACCCCACCUGCAUGGCUGGCUUCCCUCACUGAGCACUCCUGCUAAAAAGGGUACAAGUGCUUCCCAUUUCUGGGGAGCAAAGACAACAAGGCAAGCCAGUGAGUCCCUCAGUGCUGGGCACUUGGGAACUAAGAGGC